AUAACCCUUUAAUUUCAAUGCACGUGAGAGUAUACAUGUAUGUUUUGAUUUAAGUCUGUUUUGUAAAUAAUUAACAAUGGUUUCGAAGCGGAAGAAGAAGUAUACAUCUGGAGAAGGUGCUCAGUUUAUGACUAGAAAAGCAGCUCUUAAGAAACUUCAGUUAUCCCUUAAUGAUUUUCGCAAGCUGUGUAUUUUAAAAGGAAUAUAUCCAAGAGAACCUAGAAAUCGUAAAAGAGCCCAAAAAGGGAAAGCCGGAAUUAAAACCUUGUACCAUGUGAAGGAUAUACAAUUUUUACUACAUGAACCAAUUAUUUGGCGUUUAAGGGACUACAAAAUAUUUAAUAAAAAAGUUGGACGUGCUAGAGCUGUAAAAGAUUUUGAAAAACUAAAUAAGUUUCUUAAUAAUCAUCCCACUCUUAAAUUAGACCAUAUUGUAAAAGAACGCUAUCCAACUUUUAUGGAUGCAUUGAAAGAUUUAGAUGACUGUCUGACGCUAUGUUUUUUGUUUAGUACAUUUCCUUCAUUAGCACAUGUACCAAGAGAUCAAUCUGCUUUAUGUAGAAGACUGACACUCGAAUUUCUUCAUGCAGUAGUUGAAGGGAAGGCGUUAAGAAAAGUAUUUAUUUCAAUUAAAGGAAUAUAUUUUCAGGCUGAGUUUAAAGGCCAAACAAUUACUUGGGUUACACCUCAUAAUUUUUCAUUUACACCACAGUCUAAAGCGGAGGUAGAUUUUAAACUUAUGUCUACCUUUGUUGAAUUCUAUACUGUGAUGCUUGGAUUUGUAAAUUUUAGACUUUAUCAUAGUUUAAAUUUGUACUAUCCUCCCAAAUUUACAUCUGUAGAACAAAGUAACAGUGAAAAAAUGUUAGUAGAUGAAGACAUUUUUGUAUCAGAAAGAGUAGCAGCAUUGAAUUUUUCUUUGUCAAAAACUUCUAACGAAGAUCUAGAGGAUGAUUUAGAAAUUGAUAAUUUUAAUGCAGAUGGAAGUGAAGUGAAUGAAGAAAAACUUGAAGAGAUUCGCAAGGAAGCAGAACAGAUUAAGAAACUUAAAACACUAUUUAAGGGGCAAAAGUUCUUCUUAAAUAGGGAGGUUCCUAGGGAGCCCCUUGUUUUUGUAAUAAGAUGUUUUGGUGGAGAAGUAUCUUGGGAUAAGACAAUGUUUGUUGGAUCAACUUUUAAUGAAGAUGAUGAAUCCAUAACUCAUCAGAUUGUAGAUCGGCCUUCUAUGGAAAAGCAAUUUAUAUCUAGGUAUUAUAUCCAACCACAAUGGGUUUUCGAUUCCGUAAAUGCCCGAGACUUACUACCGGUACAGAAAUAUUUUAUGGGAGAAGUUCUUCCUCCACAUUUGUCACCUUUCAUUGAUAAAGAACGAGAUCAGCAAUACAUUCCACCUGAAGCUAGAGCACUAUACAAUGAAAAUGAAUUAGAAGAGCAACAUAUGAAAGAUGAAACUCAAGGAACCGAGAAUGUAGAUGACAAUGAGGAAGAAAGUGAGGGGGAAGAUGAGGAAGAUAAUGAUGAAGACAAUGAUAGUGAAGAAGGUACUGGUCAAGAGGAAUCAACAAAAUCGAAGAAACCUAAGCUGUCAGUCAGUACUGGUGAAGUGUACAAAGAAGUUCCAUGGGAAAAAGAUCGCCAAGAGAGACAAGAAUUCCGUCUUAGAGAAAAAAUGGUGAAAAAUAAACACCGUAAGUUAUAUAAGAGUAUGAUGGAAGGAAAGAAACAAAGAGCUAAGGAAAUAUGGUUAUUGAGAAAGAAGCGAAGAUUACACGAUGAAAAGGAACAGAAGCCCGGAAAGAGUGGACAGAAAAAAAAUGUGACAAAGAAAGCUAAGGCUUAAAUAUGAUACGAAAAGUCAAUAAAUAAUAUUCUU